AACUCAUUCGUUUCUGGCGCGCGAGAAACUCGAUUAGGCAGCCGCCUCUAGAGAUUCCCAUUGUGACACAGUGAGAGUGAUUCCGAGACUGAUUCUAAGAGUGAGAGUGACAGUGACGACCACUUUCCACGAUGCACAUAAUUGGCUUACUGAUACUGCUCCAGGCCGGCCUCCAGGGAAUCGAGUGUGUUGCAUUCUACACGGAAAAGCGUAACCUCCUACAUAGAGUCCUGUCGGAUUUAUGAACCGGAGUUCACAAAAUGCUCAACCCGCUCCAUUCAGGCCUUCAUGAACCAGCUCAUCAAGGGCAUUCCUGAGAUUCAGGAAUCUUUUGGCCCCAUCGAUCCCAUGCGGCAGGAUCAGCUGGUGUUCCAGCAGGACAACAGCGAUGUGGCCACCUUGGCGGCCAAUCUCACCGAGAUGAAGAUCCGCGGCUUUGGCCAGAUGGUGAUCAAGGAGAGCAAAGUAAGCAAAAAGGACUUUAGUUGGCUGACAAAGAUCUACCUGCCUACGAUGAGCAUGGAUGGCAUGUACAAGAUGGUCGGUCGUAUUCUGCUGGUGCCCCUUCAUGGUGCCGGAAAGAUCUCCAUGAAAAUAGAUGAUCUGAACAUUCUGAUGAGCACUAAGACCCACCUGUACGAGAAGGGCGGCUACACCUUCUACAACAUAACGUCCGUUAAGGUGAAGCUGGAGGUGGGCAAGGUGUAUACCAACAUGGAGAACCUGUUCAAUGGACACAGCAAGGAGGUGGAGAAGAGCACGAAUCUGUUCUUCAACGAGAACUGGCGGGAUCUGUUCGAGGCACUACGACCCUUGGUGGACGAGACCGUGCAACGAACCCUUCACGACUUGCUCCACAAGACAUUCUCCAUAUUCCCUGCCAGCUUUUUCGUGGAGGAUAUACCCAACUCCCUCACCCUGUACGGUCGCAAGUCGCAGAUGAUCAGUCGGAGCAGUCCCUGAACUUUGCAUUAAAACUAUCUUUUCACUCUUUGAAAUGUAUUUAGUAUUCUUGAUUGGUGAAGAGGAGUAAAUCCCUCUUCGCGAGCGGUUAGAUUAGUUCUGGCUGUUAGUGUAACUUAAUAAAUGCUUAAUUUAGAGGUAUCCUAA